AAAAGAAAGAAAGGGAGAGGAGAAAGAAAAAAGAUAAACCCCUUCCUCUUUCUGGUACUGAUUUGUUUUUUUUCUUCAAACUGAUCUGGUUUUCAAAAGGCAAGACAAUAAUUAUAUAAUAAAAAGGAUGAGUUUUUCUUGGUGGAGCCUCCUCUGCUUCUUGGCCUUCUUCUUAUCAGUAUCAUUGACUCGCGAAUCCAUGGCUCAAAACGCCACUACUGAUCCUUCUGAAGUGAGAGCACUAAAUGCAAUAUUCCAACAAUGGGAGAUACGAUUGUCAGCAAACGCCACGUGGAAUAUCAGCGGAGAGCCGUGCUCAGGAUCUGCCAUCGAUGACGAGAGAGCUAUUGAGCACGAAGAUAACAACCCAGGCAUCAAAUGUGACUGUACCUAUGACAACAAUAAGACUUGCCACAUCACUCACCUGAGAGUGCAGUCUUUGGACAGGCAAGGGGUGAUUCCCAAAGAAAUUACAACUUUGAAAUAUCUGACAGUCAUGAAAAUCCUCUUAAAUUACUUCACCGGUACUUUGCCACCAUUCCUUGGAGAUUUGACUGCGCUGCAAUAUUUGGAUGUUGGCCACAAUACAUUUCAUGGGACCAUUCCGAAGGAGCUAGGAAGCCUUAAGAAUCUAAUUAUGCUCGCUGUGGGAUCAAAUAAUUUAUCUGGAUCACUCCCCCCAGAACUUGGUAACUUGCUCAACCUUGAGCUAAUUUACAUCGACAGUUCUGGAAUAAGCGGUGAAAUUCCAUCCGAAUUUGGUAAUCUUCGAAAAGUGCGAGUCUUGGAUGCUUUGGACACUCCUCUUUCAGGGAAGAUACCAGACUUCAUUGGCAACUGGACAAAGUUGACAAAUUUGACUUUACAAGGUAACUCUCUUGAAGGUCCCAUACCAUCCAGUUUUUCUCAGUUGACCUCAUUGGAAUCCCUGCGAAUUGGCGAUUUAUACACCGGAAGUUCUACCCUUGAUUUUGUUCAAAAUUGGGAGAACUUAACUGAGUUAAUUCUAAGAAAUGCAUUGGUUUCUGGUCCAAUACCACCUCCUAUUACCGAACUCCGACGUCUAAAAACACUGGAUUUGAGUUUCAAUAGGUUAACAGGCACGAUUCCUAGUUUGCUGUUCAACCUGAGUAAUCUGACAUACUUAUUUCUUGGAAACAAUAGCCUAUCUGGAUCCCUUCCCGAUGAAUGGAGUCCCAAUCUUGAUAAUAUAGAUUUGUCAUACAAUUUCCUGUCGGGACGCUUGCCACGAUGGGUCGGCUCGCUAUCGCACUUGAACUUAGUGGCUAACAACUUCACAUUGGAUAACUCAAGCAGAGCAGUUCUUUCUGACCUGUACUGUCUUCAAAGAAACUUUCAAUGCAAUAGAAAUCCCCCCCGCCAUACAAGCUUCGCAAUCAAGUGUGGUGGACCUCAGUUUAAAGGACAUGAUGGCACAGUGUAUGAAGCUGACGAGUUUGUUCUUGGGCCGGCCAAGUUUUAUGUAAUAAAUGAGAUGUGGGCAGUCAGCAAGGUGGGUUUGUUUGCUGACAAAAGAGGUGAUCUAGAUCUCGAAAGCACGAAGGCAGAAGUUACUGGCAGCAAUGAGAACCCAGUGCUUUUCCAAACAGCAAGGAUGACCCCAGGAUCACUAAGAUACUAUGGUCUUGGCCUUGUGAAUGGAAAUUACACUAUAACCUUGCACUUUGCAGAAAUUGGUUUUCCAAAUCGGGACUCAAAGACAUGGUCAGGCCUUGCAAGACGCGUAUUUGAUAUUUAUAUUCAGGGACGCCUAGAACAAAAGGACUUUGAAAUUGCAAAGGAAGCUGGUGGGGUAGAGAAAGCAAAAGUGAAGAACUUCACUGUUACCGUUACGGAGAACUAUCUUGAAAUCCAUUUGUUCUGGGCUGGUAAGGGAACCUGCUGUAUACCGAGGCAAGGUUACUACGGUCCCUUGAUAGCGGCUCUUCAUGCUAGUUCAGAUCAUUUAACACAUAUUCAAGGAGACAAGAACAACAACACAGGGUUGAUUAUAGGUAUUACGGUCCCUGUUGUGGUUGUUGUGGGUCUUAUGUUGGUACUAACAGUACUUUAUUUUUGGCGAAAAUCAAACAAUGAGGAUGAGGAAGGACUUCUUGGAAUAGGCUGCCACAACGCCGAUACUUUUAGUUACUCUGAACUACAAGCUGCCACAGGAGACUUCGCAUCUUCAAAUAAGCUAGGAGAGGGUGGAUUUGGCCGUGUUUAUAAGGGUACGCUUUCUGAUGGGAGAGAAGUAGCUGUUAAGCAACUUUCAGUAGGAUCUCAUCAUGCAAAUGAACAAUUUGUAUCCGAAAUUGUCACAAUAUCUGUCGUGCAACAUCGCAAUCUAGUGAAACUGAACGGAUUCUGCAUCGAGGGAAAUCGACGCAUCCUAGUUUACGAGUACCUUAAAAACAAAAGUCUUGAUCAAGCACUAUUUGGAAAGAAUGACUUGCACCUGGACUGGAAGACCCGCUUCAAUAUAUGCUUGGGAACAGCAAGAGGACUUGCUUAUCUUCAUGAGGAAUCCAGACCAAGGAUUGUGCAUCGAGACGUUAAAGCUAGUAAUAUUUUGCUUGAUGAGCAACUUUGUCCCAAAAUAUCAGAUUUUGGAUUGGCAAAGCUCUAUGAUGACAAUAAAACCCACAUGAGCACACGAGUUGCAGGGACAAUAGGUUAUUUGGCUCCAGAAUAUGCAUUGCGUGGCCAUUUGACAGAGAAGGCUGAUGUUUUUGGAUUCGGUAUCGUUGCUUUGGAGGUUGUUAGUGGACGGCCAAACUUCUAUACCCAGGACAAUGAAAAGAUUUAUCUCCUUGAACGGGCGUGGAGUUUACAUGAAAAUAACGAAAGUUUGGAUCUCAUGGUGGAUCCAGCCUUGGCGGAUCUUGAUGAAAGGGAAGCCGUCAGAUUGAUAAGAGUAGCUCUUUUGUGCACUCAAGCCUCGCCAACGAUGCGGCCGCCAAUGUCACGUGUCGUCGGAAUGCUUGCCGGAGACAUUGAUUUAAUAGACACUGCUAGAUCAAAGCCAACUUAUCUCAGCGAUUUGGAUUUUGAAGAUAAAACUAGUAGCAACCGUUUUACUCAAAAUGAUAUUACCUCCUCCAUUGCAGCUAACCCCAGUAGCGAUUUUGUUUAAUUAGGGAUCAAUUAAUGCUUUUUUCUCGUUCUAUUUCACAACAAACUCAGGUUUGCUCCUCUCAAGAAUAAUUAGCUAGCUCUUAUCGCAUAUUGUUUUUCUGCAAGACAUUUUACUCGCUCACGGCGGUAUAUGUUGGGUUUUUUGUGUUGGCAAUGUAUUGUAAACAUUCAAAAAACAGGUACAAACAGUUCAUGGAGAUUCUAUUUCUGGUUAUUUUCGCCAGAUUUGGAAUGAUUUCUUCCUUAGAAGGAAAGCAGUUUUUGGGAAGGCAAUUUCAGAGAUUUGAUUGUCUUGUGAUUCUAGCAGAUAUGGGAUGGAGGUUGUUUAUGGAAAGUAUUUUUGAUUGAUUGUUGCAGUGGGGCUGAUUGUUGUCGUUUUGAGAACAGGUUGGACUUUUGUUUUGGGGGCGUGUGUCAUUCUGAAAAAGCUGCUCAUGAGUGUGAGUUUUUGAGAGAAACUUCUUGAGAAAAAGUCUCAGUAUGUGAGCCCUUGAAAAAGAGAGUGCAAAAGUGUGUUUUUGAGAGGAGAACGCAUUGCUUUUGGGAGAAAGUCUGUCAAUCGAAGGAAGUUUGUUUGCAGUUUCAAAGACGAGUAGUGCCCGUUAAAUAAGACCACUAAAAAGAUUCUUCACAGUGGUGACAUCGUUAAGGAGGGAGUCUUGGAGUGUGUAAAACCGACCGGUAUUUUGUAAUCUUUUGAUCUUCGUAGAUUAUUUAUUAUCUAGGCGUGUGCGCACCGAAUCGCGAUACUAUUUUCUAGUGUUCUUUAUUUUUCCAGCAUUAUUUUCUGCAUGCUUAGUUAUUUGUUGUUCAAUUUAGAAAU